AUGAGCUCAUGUUGCGUGUGCAUGGAGCUGUGCACGGACAAGGCGGUGGUGCGCACCCCAUCGGCCCCGACCCCGUCGACCGAGAUCCCCCAAAUCCUUCGAACCGUUGGUCCUCCCGAAGGUGCCCCUCCUCGGCGCCUCCGACCCUCGUUCGCGCCUGACCUCCCGCUCCACCUCUCCCUCGCCCGCCACGCCGCCCAGGCGCUCAUCAACUGCGGGCACAUCUACCACCUGUCGUGCGCGCGGCGAUGGUUCCAGACGAAGGGCAAGUCCGAGCGCGGGCGUCCAGCGCACGCGCCGUGCCCGAAGUGCAAGGAGCCCUACGACAUGGGCAGCGCGGUGACGGUCUUCAUGGACGUGCCCAAGGACGAGCGAGGCGAGAUUUUAUUCUCCCCGACGCCAUUCCCGACGCGCGCCGGGCGCGGCGACGUCCCGGACGACGCCGACGGGGCCGUCGUCGACGACGACGACGACGGCGCCGUCGUCCUCGACUCACCGCGGGACGGGGCGGAUCGACCGGGCGACACAGCUGGCGGGGACGCCGCGACCCGCCGCGAGGUCGCCAGCCUCCGACGCGACCUCCGACGCGAGCAGACGCGCGCGAGGGAGGCGGACGACCGCGCCGCGCGCGCCGAGAUGGCCGCCGAACGCGCCGACCGUCUCGAGGAGGAACGCGAUGCGCUUCAAACCGAGCUCGCUCGCAGAGAACAACGCGAAAACAACGCCCUCUACGAGGCGAGAACCGCAAAGGCGAAGGCCAAGAAGGCUUCCGACGAGCUGUCGUCGAGGCUCGCCGAGUUUCAGCGCGCGCAGAGCAAGCUGGCGUACGUCGAGAAUCAGCGGCGUUUGGAGCGGGAUCUGAACGAGGGGGUGUCGAUGGCGGAGACCGAACUCCUUAACCGCUUUCGUCGAGAGGAACCUCGGUCGGCUGUGGAGACGCUCUGCCGGUCGCUCGCGGGAAAGAACCGGCAGCUCGCGAGGCAGAUCGACGAGUACGGCAAGCUCGUGCGGCGCGUGAAGCAGCUGGAGAGGGGGGGUGGGGUGGGUGGCGGCGGGGGUGGGGCGCCCGUCGCGGGUUCGACGGGCGCGGGUUCGAUACCGACGGGGAGCGCCCCUCCCUCGCCGGGGUUUGGGAAAGAGAAAACCGGAGAACCAGGGAAAGAGCGGGGCGGCGGCGGCGCAGCCGGAGGCGGCCGGUUGGACCGUUCCAAGCGACGCGCGUGGGGCGCCGACGACGAAGACGCGUGGGAUGACGUCGCGGCGGCGGACGCGGACGACGCGCUGCGACUGCGCCGUCCGCUGAGGGACGCCAACGCUGGUUUCGAGAAGGGUUUAGGGUCGGUUGAUUUUUCAAAGGGCUCCUUCGGGCGGGUCGCGAAGGCGAAGGGUCUCGGCGCGUUCGACGAUCACGGACUCGGCCGCGUCUCGAGGGCGGCGGCGGCGGGCGGGAAGGGUAAGCGCGCGAGGGGCGGCGGCGGCGCGAGCGGCGAGGAACUGCUCGACGACAUCCUGAGCGGGCUGGACCUCCCGAAGACGAGGGCUGAGGAAAAGGUUCGAAAGCCGACGUCGUCGUCGGGGGGGGGCGAUUUCGGGUCGUUCGUUGGGCGGUUCGGGUCCGCCGCUGUAACGGCUGAGGGUUCUUCGGGAGGAGGGGACGGCGGUUCGUUCGUGAUACACGGAGCGGACGGGCGCGGCGGUCGAACCAAGGUGAUUCGCGCCGCGGGCUCGGCGCGAUGACGAACGAAAAUUAUUAAUCCACGAAAAUCCGGUGUACGUCAAC